GAGCCCUCUCAUCACAUGACGGCGCCGGCUGAUGAGGCGGUUCCGCCUGCCCCGGUGCCCGGCGCUGCCGCCUGCCUGCCUGUAUCGCCGGGAGGGCGGCGUGGGGCUGCCCUUGGGGCAGCCGCACUCAGCCUGCGAGGACGAGACUAACACUUUCAAGAUGUCAGAUGGUCCAAGAGUCUCGUUCAAUGCAAUUGAUUCAGCUCUUUCUUCUUUGAAAAACUGCCAGUCCUACAUCAACUCUGGGAUGGAUGUGGCUACUCAGGUUGCCCUUGACCUUGUGGAAAGUUCCAAUGAUGAAGAAGAUAUUAAAAAUAUGGAAAAUGUCAUGUUAGAAUAUGCUAGAAUGGACAGAGAACUUAAUCAUUAUAUAACAGCAUUUGAAGAGAUCAUAAAUCAGGUAAAACAAGAAAAACCAGAAAAUUUACCAGAUUUAGAAAACUUGGCGCAAAAAAAAUUCCUUGAAAUGGAGAGCAUGAACAGUGACUCAGAUUUACAAAGUAAUGAAAAAUAUAUGCAUUUUAAGGAUCAACUUAAGGAGAUGAAGAAACAAUAUCAUAGUAAUGACACCAUUGAACAAAUCGAUGAAGAUUUAGCUGUGACUCGGUGUCCGAUGACCUUUAUUUGUCCCAUUACACAGGUGAUAAUGAAGAGGCCAGUGAGAAACAAGGUUUGUGGACAUAUUUAUGAAGAAGAUGCCAUUCUAGAAAUGAUCCAGAUUCAGAAGCAGAAAAGGAAAAAAGUCCGAUGCCCUAAAAUGGGCUGUAGCCAUGAUGAUGUAGAAGUAUCAGAUCUUGUACGAGAUGAAAUACUUAAAAGACUGAUUGACAGUCAGAAAAAACAAAGCUGGUCAAGCCUGGACACAUGAGCUGGAUAUGCUACUGCCACAAAGAAAAUUUGUUAUUAAAGGUCCUGUGAGAUAAGUUGCUGAUUCUAAAUAGGUUGUAUAACUGAUUGUUAUGUGUUAAGUGUUUCAUUUAUAGGUAAAUCAUUGUUAAAUGUUUCAUUUAUAGCCAAAGUUGAAGGUCUCUGCUGUAACUGAAAGCAUUUUUUGAAGUCAGGAAUAUAAGGAAGUCCAGUUAAACUUGUUUAGGUUUUUUCUACCUUCCUGAAUUUCUAAAAGCUUGCAUUUGGUAAAUAAAGUAUGUUUUGCAGCAUUUAAACUUCCUUUUCAGUGUGCUAGUUUCUUCAGCAUAUUAGAGAUGCAGAUCCUGCCAGCAUUGAUGAGUGCUUUGCUGGGUGUUGCAGAUAGUUCUGUCACUGUCUCUGUAACUACUGGGCAUGGUUGGAGUAGGGCACUGUGACCAAGGAUUUUCAGUGCUUGGGACCAUGCCCAUGUUGUAACACAAACCUUGGAGAUGAAUUUGCAGAAAGUGUUGCACACUUAUUCCUUGUUUGUGGCCACAGAGAACAACCACUCAGCUUUGAGGAUUUGGCCUUGUUUUUUUAUAAUUUUGAACUCUCUGCCCUGACUUAGGCUUUUAUUUUGAUAUUCAGAAGCAUUUAAUUCAGGCUUUUUUCAUUUGGGAGCCCCAGAAGGCUUUACCUUAAUAUUGUAGGCUAGAAGACUACAAUUAUUUACAGAGGUAUUCCAAUAACUAAAUUUCAGAUAGUACAAAUAUAUUGUAACCAUAUGCCUUGGAUUGAAAAACAGUUAAAUCUUUUUAUAUAAGCUUCAGAUAUCUAUGCUUUUGGGCACAGAUCCAGAAAAGAACUUAAACUUUGUGACACUAUUUAUUGCCUAAAUUGAUCUGAACACAUCAGGCAGGUAAGGCAUAUAUAUACAUGAAUUAGAAAUAGCCAUAGGUAAAAGAAGCUGCCUUGGCAGUCAGAUGACAAUUAUCUCUUGGCAUAUGUAAGCAGAAAAUAGAGGUUUCUUUGUGCUUUGGGAUCCUUAGUGGGCUAGAUGGUGUUUUCCUAUGUAUUUUUUCUGAAUCUACAAUCUGACUUUUAAUGUAAAAUAUAGCUGAUGUACCCAUGUGC